UUGUUAUAAUUAUUACCAUAUUCAUAGAAUAAUUGUCCUGUAUAUUUGUGAUUUAAUAUUAUAUCUUUAUUUACAUGUCAAAUAAAACAACAUGUAUUCUUAUAUCAAAUAUCAAGUUUGUAGUUAAUUUUGUGAAAGUUAUGACCCAUGGCUGAACUUUGUGUAAAAAGGUUUAUUCAAUCCGGCUUGUAGCUAAUGUCAUCGGCUGUCAGUGUGUUUGCCGUUGAUGUAUCUUUUUCAUCCAGCUGAUAACAGUGUAUUGGCCUCUGCAAACUGAGAUGUUCUUUUAAUGAUGCACUGGUCUACAGCCUGCUUAGAGCCAGCGUCCAGUGAGUGUGACAACUCCUUUAUUGUACUCUCCACGGGGAACCUGCCUCACUGCAGUACUCGAGGCCCCGCAACAAUCACUGCUCCGUCAAGCACAACCCUCGUUGUGGGCCACUGCUAAUAAGCCAGAAAAAUACUGCUUUUCCCAAGUGUCCCCAGAAAACAAUCAUUGAGGGAAUGGGACCUCAACACUUUGAUGUAAGCUUACCUGCAGUUGUUGCGGCCUGGCUCACUCUUACAGUCAUUGUUAGAAGUCACUUGGAGCAUCUAUAAUGCUGUUUGACACUUGAUGAAACUUGCCUCUUAGAGAUGCUAUUUCAAACUCGAAUUCCAUUUAUCGUUUAUAUAGGUGCGGAGUGUAAUGAUGUAAAAGAGUGGGCAGAAAGUUGCCACAAUUAAACAACUGUUUGUGUCAUAAAACGGGAAUCACACUGUUUACGAUGUUGAAAAAUGUUUAUAUCGGUGAAAAUAGCAGUUGUUACAAUGCCAGUUUAUGGUUUAUGGAUUACUGAAGUGUUGUUAAAGAAUACAGUGUGUGUCAUAAAUGAAGGUCACCACCGGAGAAUGCACGGUUUGGUUGGAGGGAGAGGAAUCUAGCUGUACGAUGUACAAAAAGAACCAGUUGUGAAAAAGACACUAUUCAGUCUUCUUAGAAAGGAGCAGUCUUCACUUAAGGUUAUAUGGUCCAGGCUAACAGGGCAUUCUAGUGAAUAAUAAUGCAUGUAUAUGUGCUGGGAAAAAUGUGAAAGAUGUGUGUAACACUGACACACAAUCAUGUGAGAGUUAGUGAUGAGGAACAAAAUGUGGUACAAAGGUUUUCUGCAGAUCGGAAUAAUAGUGAAGCAUAAGAAAGUUACACCUGUUUAACUAUAUAAAAACAUAUUUGUAAAUAUAUAUUUUAUAGCACAUCUCAUAAAUAUUUCGGAGAAUUCUUCAUUUAUAACACUGGCUGAUGGAUAUCAAAGCACAUGCUGAAAGAUAACAACUUUUAUGUGAAAUGUUUGUGAAUAGUUAAAAGUGUUUCUGAUAAAACCUCUAUAUGAAACUUUUCGGUCACUUCUAAAUGUGUCUGCAGAAAUGAUGGCCAAAACAGUGGAAGGCAGCAGUUUGGUUAGGUUUGCACUGUGUUGGGUUGUGGUGAUUGUAUUCAUGUGUACGUCUGCCUCAAGUCUAAAGACCAGCCUGCAGUACACAGUGCAGGAGGAGGUGAAGAACGGAACACUGAUAGGAAACAUUGCUAUAGACAGUAAGCUAUACAACUCGUUCAACCAGGAGCAGCUGGAGAACAUCCAGUACACCCUCACCAGCACCCACAACCGCAUAUUGCAGGCGUUCACAAUACACAAAACAACCAGUUCCAUCACAACGGCUGGCCGCUUGGACAGAGAGACGCUGUGUGCGUCUGUAGCAGAUUGCAUUCUCAAGUUUGAUGUGAAUGUUUACAUCAGAGAUUCAAAAAGUAACACAUUUGAUCUCCGGGUGAUUCGUGUGCAGGUUACUCUUGAAGAUAUCAAUGACAAUUUCCCAACAUUUCCAGAAACUCAUAUUUUCCUUAGUGUGUCUGAGUCCGUUAAUGUAGGCCAUAUUUCUUUGAUCAGUGGUGCCACUGACAAGGACACUGGGAAAAAUAACUCAGUUCAAAGUUAUGUGCUCCAGCCAGAUGAUGGAAUGUUCAGCCUUACUGUGGAAACUAGUGUGGAUGGAUCUACUAACCUGGGGGUUAAAGUCUUAAAUAAACUAGACCGUGAGACCCAAGACUUUUAUAGUUUAGAGGUCAUUGCAGAGGAUGGGGGACAUCCACCCAAUGUGGGAACACUGUCCAUUUCUUUAACAGUUACAGAUGCAAAUGAUAAUAAUCCAUUCUUUCUGAAUGCCGACUUUAAUAUUUCAGUUCCUGAAGAUUAUCCUGUGAAAUCCACAAUUAUAAAGUUUUCGGCUGAUGACAAAGACAUUGGUUUGAAUGGAAAACUUGUAUUUCAAUUUAGUUCAAGAACUUCCCCCAGAGUUAGAAAUAUUUUGGCUGUUAAUGAAAGUACUGGUGUGUUGUACUCCACUAGACAACUGGACUAUGAAGAAGAUCCAGAAUUCCAGUUCUUUGUUGAGGUACAUGACCACGGCAAUCCUUCUCUUUCAUCCCAAGCCUCUGUUAUUGUUAAUGUACUCGAUGUGAAUGACAAUGCACCAGAACUUAUCCUUACUCUGCAUGAAGCAAUGCACAGACUUCCAGAAAAUAUAGAAAUGGAAACAUUUAUUGGUUACGUUUCUGUGUCAGACAAGGACAGUGGGCAAAAUGGUGAAGUGGCUUGUGAUAUUUCAGAUGAACAUUUCAAACUGAUGAAGUUUUCUGAAUUUAAUUAUUACAAAAUUAUUGUCGACAAGCCAUUGGAUUUUGAAACACUGCAAAAACAUAAUGUCAGUGUCACAUGUACAGAUAUGGGAAUUCCAUCGAAAAGUACUUCUUCAUUAUUUAAUAUCCAAGUUUUAGAUGUAAAUGACAGUCCUCCAAUGUUUCCCAAUGAAGUUAUAGCUGGAAACAUUACAGAAAACAAUAAAAUUGGCCAGUUUAUUCUCCAGUUGUCUGCUACAGAUGUGGAUGGCCCAGGAAAUAACAAUGUUACAUUUGCCAUUUUGGAAGAUUCAUCCAACAUGGUUAGAGUGUCGUUGUUGGGAGAGGUGACUGCAAAUAAAUCGUAUGACAGGGAAGAAACCAUAACAUUUCAGUUUAUUGUUAUAGCGCAGGAUUCAGGCUCCCCUUCUCUGUUUUCAACAGCAACAGUGGUUGUAUUAGUCCUAGACCAGAACGACUCCCCUCCGCGCUUUACACAGUCAUCCUUCACAAUGGCUGUGGUAGAAAACACACCAGCGGAAGUGGUCAUUGGAAAGGUCACUGCAAUAGAUCCAGAUGAACAGAAUGAGUUUUAUUUUUCAUUCUUCAUAGACAAUAAUGUAACAGAGUAUUUCUCCAUUGAAUCGGAUACUGGUACAAUUGUAACAGAUAAAGUUAUGGUUUUUCAAGCUGGAACCCAUCUUGAAUUUGGGGUAGUGGUUGUGGAUCUGGUGAAUCCAGCCCUCAUUGACUUUGCAAAUGUGACCGUUAACAUAACAGAUGAUUAUGACCUUGCUCCGACCAUCACCUUCCCACAAAAUGACUCAGUCACUGUAACUUUUGGCACUGUAGUUGGCAGCAUCUUCACAACUGUACAGGCCCAUGAUGACAAAUCCAAUGACAAACUGACUUUUUCUAUAAACUAUGGCAAUAAGAAAGACUUGUUUUUUAUUAACUCUAUUUCUGGAGAGGUAAUAAUAGCAAGGGAGAUUACUGCAGCAGAUGCUGGCACAUAUGAGAUCAUAAUUGGAGUGCACGAUGCUGGAACACCAAGACAUUCUUCAUUUGCCAAGCUGUAUGUAGUUGUGACCGGUCCAGCAGCCAGUGCCAGCACUCUUAACGACAACAUCAUCAUCGUGGUCAUUCUGGUGUGUGUCACUCUCGUGCUCAGUCUGGCAAUCAGUGUCAUCAUCUGUCUGAUUCGAAAAAUAGACACAAACCGAAAGAAACGUAGACUUGCCCAAAGUCGAGUUAAAACGAUAUACACGAUAGAGAAUGAGGAGUACUGUGUGGAUGAGAAAGACAGUGGCAUUGAAGAAGAAAAGUUAAAAGAGCUGGAGAUAAAUAUUGAUGACAAUGCAACAUUUGAGGACAAUUCAUUACCAAGUCCAGCCAGCUACACAGGUCAUGACAGGAGUUUCUCUUCUACGGGUCUCACUCCACGCAAGUUGGUCCACUUCGAUGAUGCUGCAAUAUUCUCCAAGAUGAUUGAUGCUGUCAGUGACUCGUCGGGAGGGACGGACAGUGGGAGAGGCUGCAGUGACGAGGAGAACCACAGUGUCAGGGGAUCGCUGCAGAUUCUCAAACACAGUGAUUCAAUAUACAGUAUAGGAAGUUAUGUCUAACCCAGGAAGAUCUCCACCCUACAAGUGGAGAUAACUGGAACUGUUGCGUAUAUUUAUCUCCCAUGCGCUGGACAACUUUACAAGUGCUCUGUGAAUGUGCAAUAUGUCGAUGGUGUUUGUAUACUUCAGGAAUAUGCUGUGUAAUAUAUUCUAAACUUCACUGCGAGAUCUCAUUGUUUCCACAAACACAUCUGAAAGUGAAGCAGUUUUACAUCGCUGGUGACACUAAGCAGUUGUGUUUCGUUUUCAAGGAUCAACCUAUCAUUAUAUAAUGGCAGACAAUAACAAUAGUAGUAUAUGAAUGAUGCUGUACUGGAUUUUGUGAAAUGUAAAAGAAAUCUUUCAAAACAUUGUUUUAGCAACAACAGCUAUUACAGUCACAGACCCUCAUUUCAACCCAUACAUUUUUUUGUUAAUUUACAAAGAGUGAAACAAAAGUGAUGUUGAAAUACCCUUAAAAAUAGACUAAAACUCGACUCCAUAAAUGCAUUUUGUGAUAUUAGAAAUACCCGGAUGACCAGAAACACUUCAGAUUUAUGGAAAUGGAGAAUCUAAGCAAUACAAUAUACGUAAAGUAUUAUUUCAUUUGUCAAAAACAGCUCUAAUAGUGAAAAAUAUACCUUAGUAAUUAAAAACUAGGGUCUGUCACUUUAAAAAACAAGAGAGAUAUAAAGAAUUAUGGAAUGAGACAACAGCAAAAUCCAAGGUACUAAAUGCUAUGCAAAGAAGACCUGUGGCAUGAUAUGGUUCUGAAGAUUGUGAAGCAAAAUAAGGAAUUUAGGACUAUACUGGGUUGUCUACAACAGUAGACAUUUAUAACUAGUUGUAAGCAACAAGAACUAAAACCAAACAAAACAGGGGGAGAGUAUAGGCUGCAGUGUCAGACAAUCUUCUCUUGUCUUGUCUACCAUUACCAGAACACAGAAGUUAUGUCUUGAUGUAAUGACUUGUUGUUUCUAGUGAUGUUCAAUAUGUUCUGUGUUGUGUUUGAACAUCUCACCUGAAGGAACUAGUUAUGUUACUGUGUAUACCAUGAUGACAAAAUAUAUUGCCAUAAAAACUUUUCUUGAAGUCAUGAAUGAGAACAAUGGGUUUGAAAAGAGUCACAAGAUGGAGAAGGUAGAUAAAGAUCUGGGAAUACAUAUAAUCAUUCAGUGAACCACACUGGAAGUGAGAUCUAAUUCACCCAUCUGUGUGUGUGUGUAAGUGUUAUUGAUUACUAACAGAAAUGUGACUGCUUAAAACUGCUGAAUUGUGUGAAAACAGAUUGAUGUUUUUCAUUGUGUGUGUAAAAUCAUUGUACAUUGAUGUAAUUUAUUUUUAAGCUAUCGUAGAGUGUGUAUUGCUUUUGGUGACUUAAUACUGAAUAAUUGUUUUAGCUUCUCAUCUAACCUGACAAUGUUUUGUGUGCAUACAUACAUACAUAUAUAAGUUGCAAAUUGAUUUAAACAUAUAGGAUUGGCUGCUCUAUGAUAAUUACCUACUUGUCAAAUCCAAACUAUCCACCGAGUCUGAAAUUAAGACUUCAUAUACCAAUGUCUACAACUGACAUACAAAAUAACCGUACAAGUCCAAGGUCCAUUAAUAAUUUGUAAGAAAUGGAAUACUACAGUUGUUCCCAUAGACAUCAUUUAUCUUACAACUCAUUUUAUAUUUUAAAAAUGUAUCCAAUUUACUUUUGCUUUUUCAAGAUUCGUAAAUGAUAUUUAGUGAUCACACAUAUAGUAUUUUUUGUUUAUGUUUUCAAAACAUGUACAGGCACAUCCACUAUUACAUCUUAGAGUAAAAGCAAGAAAACAAUGUUCUGUAAAGUAUUUCACAUUUUUUUUUUUUUUUUUUUAUAAAUUAUUGGAUCACUUUAUUGUUCUGAACAUAUUAUUUUGGGCAAAAUAAAUGCCAUUUCGCCAGCUAGAUUAGUGCAUGUAAACAUUUAUCUAAGAUAACUUGAUAUAAUUACUUUGCAGUUAGUAUUUUCUUGGUGCUUUGUUUUAAUAAGGUGGAAUAAAUCUAUCUGCCCUUCAAUGCUAUGAACACUGCAUAAUCUUCAGGCAUUUUGUAAACCAUUAUUCAGCAAUAAGUCCACUCAGCAUGUACUUCGAUAGUUACCAUGGUUACUUAUACAGUUUUUAUUUAGCUGUAAUGAUUCAUUGCCAGUAGGUAUUUGUGUACAAAGUACAAAGUGUACAAAGUAUUAAUGUUCGGGUUUUUUUUAUCAAUCACACCAUUAUGUACCUGGUUUGCUCAAAUGUACAUAAAUGUAAAUUUAGUAUAUUACUCAUUCCAUUAUAAAUGUUGCAUUGAUGGUUUAGUGGUUAAGCGAUCAGCAUCAGCCAAAGUUUUACCGACUGUGAUGUGUGUAGGACCACUACCCUAACUUCAGAGCAAGUUUUACUGGCUCAGUGUGGGUGUGUAGGACCACUACACCAGCUUCAGAGCAAGUUUUACUGGCUCAGUGUGGGUGUGUAGGACCACUACACCAGCUUCAGAGCAAGUUUUACUGGCUCGGUGUGGGUGUGUAGGACCACUACACCAACUUCAGAGCAAGUUUUACUGGCUCAGUGUGAGUGUGUAGGACCACUACACCAGCUUCAGCUUCAGAGCAAGUUUUACUGGCUCAGUGUGAAUUUGUAGGACUACUACACCAGCUUCAGCUUCAGAGCAAGUUUUACUGGCUCAGUGUGGGUGUGUAGGACCACUACACCAGCCUCAGAGCAAGUUUUACUGGCUCAGUGUGGGUGUGUAGGACCACUACACCAGCUUCAGCUUCAGAGCAAGUUUUACUGGCUCAGUGUGAAUUUGUAGGACUACUACA